UCUAUAAAUGUUCACCAUUUCUUCUCACUCACCCCCUCUUCUGUUUAAGAAACAGCCUUGAGAGAAACAGAAUCAAAUCCUUUCCUUAACCUUCACGCCUUCAUUUAAAAAGGUUCAACCUUUUAACCAAUCUCUGAACUCUUUCUUUGACCCUUUUUUCACUUCACAUUAAACUCCUUCCUAACUCUUUAAAUUCCCACUUUAUCAUCAUUCACACACAUAACACAAAAAAGUGAAAAAACUAGUACACUACACUAAACUCUACUAGUUCUCAAGUUCUCUUACAUGGAUCCUUUCAAAGAAAAAGUAAAGUGUGUAUGGAUUCAUGGACCUAUCAUAGUAGGUGCUGGUCCUUCAGGUAUAGCAGUAGCUGCUUGUUUAUCAGAGCAAGGAGUACCAAGUCUCAUUCUUGAGAGAAGUGAUUGCAUAGCUUCACUAUGGCAAAAUAGAACCUAUGACCGUUUAAAACUUCAUUUACCUAAACAUUUUUGUGAACUACCUAUGAUGAGUUUUCCUCAAACUUUUCCUAAGUAUCCUACAAAACAUCAGUUCAUUUCCUACAUGGAAUCCUAUGCUGAUCACUUUCAUAUUCAUCCUAGGUUUAAUCAAACUGUUCUUAGUGCUGAGUUUGAUUCAACUUCUCAAAUUUGGAUGGUUAGAACAAAAGAAGGUGAUUUUCAGUAUUUUUCACCUUGGCUUAUUGUUGCUACUGGUGAAAAUGCUGAACCUGUUUUUCCUACAAUUCAUGGUAUGGAACAUUUUCAUGGUCCUGUUGUUCAUACAAGUGAUUAUAAAUCUGGUUCUGAAUACAAAAAUAAAAAGGUUUUGGUCAUUGGUUGUGGGAAUUCUGGAAUGGAAGUUAGUUUGGAUCUUUGUAGACACAAUGCUAUGCCUCAUUUGGUUGCAAGAAACUCAGUACAUAUUCUCCCAAGAGACAUGUUUGGUUUCUCAACAUAUGGAAUAGCUAUGGGACUAUAUAAAUGGCUUCCAUUAAAAUUAGUAGACAAAUUUCUCUUGUUAGUUUCAAGCUUCUUCUUGGGAAACACCAAUCACUAUGGUAUCAAGAGGCCUAAAACUGGCCCAAUAGAACUCAAACUUGCAACAGGAAAAACUCCUGUACUUGAUGUUGGUCAAAUAGCACAAAUUAAAUCCGGUAACAUUAAGGUGAUGGAAGGUGUGAAAGAGAUAACAAGAAAUGGUGCAAAAUUUUUGGAUGGACAAGAAAAGGAAUUUGAUGCAAUAAUAUUAGCAACAGGGUACAAGAGCAAUGUGCCUAGUUGGCUCAAGGGUAAUGAUUUUUUCACUAAAGAUGGAAUGCCAAAAACACCCUUUCCUCAUGGUUGGAAAGGUGAACAAGGAUUGUAUACAGUGGGUUUCACAAGAAGAGGUCUACAUGGAACAUACUUUGAUGCCAUCAAAAUAGCUGAAGAUAUUACUAAUCAAUGGAAAACACUUAAGAGCAAGAGUUGUUGUGAUUCACAUAUCAUACUACUCAAUAAUUCAUAAACCUACGAUACUACCUCUUAGUCUUAGUAAUAAGGUGUACCAAGUUUUUUAAUUUGUCAAGAAAUGAGAAAAGAAUAUAGAGUUGGGGUCAUUUGGGAAUUGUAUUAGCUAGUUUUUUUUUUAUUUUGUUUACUUUAUUUUCUUGGUUUUCUGUGUAUGUACAAUUUUGUAUUUAGGAGCAUACGCUUUUUUAACUACUCAAGUGUUAGCUUUUUGUACAAAACAGUUUCAUAAAUGGAAUGGCACUU